AUGCCACCUGUAUAUGAAUGGAUCCAUGCAACCAGCCAUGAGAAUUUCAAUCAGAUCAAAGAUGAUGGCUACCUCAAAGGCAAUUACUGCUACGACGACUUCUUUGAUGGCAAGCUGCAGAAACCCGGCGCACCGCGGGGAAGCUGGUUCAAUGCCAACAACUAUCGUGGGGGGCCCAUCGACCUCACGCCCUAUCCCGAGCGGAACAAUGAUGAGACGGUGAUGGCUUUGGCUUUUCCAGUUUCAAAGCUGUUGGAUCCAAAAGAGAAAUACCAGCUUUUCAAAGUGUCAAGGAUCCCCUGUGGCUACCUUCAGGUCAAGUAUGCUAUUGUAAAGCAGACGGAUCCGUUCUUUGCUUGGUGUUCUCAAAAUCUUCAUCGUGUUGAGGGCAACUGCGAUGAGCAUGUUUCUCUCACAUGGGAUCAGGACGCUGCCAGCUAUGUGUGGAGCGCAACCGAUGCAGAUGAGAAGGCCUUACGAGAUCCAGAAAAUUCCAGCCAGGCGAGACUGGUCGCCUUUUUGGUUGUGGGUGGGGUGCAGAUGCUCAUGAAAGGUGAAAAGCCCUGGAAAACUCGUCCGAGAAAGUGGUUCAGGACUGCCGUGGAUGGCAUUGAUGAUGAGCUGGAACAGGCACCACCCGAAAGACAGCAUCGAGUGAUCCUUGACCUGAACGGCUUCAAAAAGCACACGCAAGAAAAAAUAGACUCCGUCUCAGAAGGCCCCCGGAUCACCGCCAUGGCCACGCCUGCCCUGGCCCUGCAGUGCCGCACGGUGGCGCAACGCCUGCGCCGCGGCCACACGGUGUGCGGCACAGCCUGGGACGAGGACACGGAGGAGGCGGCGCAGCACGUGGCGCGCUAUGCCGCGUGGAGCAAGGGGCAUCCAAGUGCCGCCGUUGGGAUGGAGAAGGCCUCAAAGAUGUUGAAGAAGGCGUCUGCUGCGCUGAAGCUGAUUCAAGACAAGAUCUGUGAACUGCAGAGAUCUGUCCAAAACGUCGAGGCAUCCAACGUCGCGAAAGCUGAAGACCUCUUUGGAAGGGGCCCGGAAAAGGACCUCCAGCAGUGCGAGCUGACGCAGCUCAGUCAGCAGCUGGCAGAUGCCGCAGCCAAGUCCAUGGAGAUGACCUCGGAGCUCCCCGGCUCCACCGUCUGGGUGCAGCUGCCAGACCCCGUGACCACCGCCCAGCAGCUGGAAGAAUGCGCGGAGGCAUUGGAGCAAGGUGACCAUCACUUGGAGCACCUCAAUGCUGCCCUGGUGGCUUUUGAGCGCCGCCUGGAGGCCACCAAGGUGUGGGAAGAGACAGCGGAGAGCCCACGGAAGCGAUGUCGCGUUAGAGGUGCCGCGGUGCGGCGCUGCGGGAGGAUGGGAGUGGUUGGGAUUUAG